AACAGUGUCUGCGCUGUUACGAAAGGAAACAGCACCAGAGAUGCGGGCUGCUGCUCUCACAUGUGCGCUAGCCGGCCUCUUCAUUGUGGAAGAGGCAAGCUCGAAGUGCCCUGAUAUUGAAAGGCGCCCACAGGAUACGAACUGCAACUACUACUGCCGCAACCAAGCUGACGACGGCUGGGAAGAAGGUUUUCUGUUGGACGGACAAAUGUGUAACUAUGCAGCAGAAAAUGAUGGGGUGUGUCAAGAGGGAAUCUGCUAUAAAGCGACCGUUCCAAGUCCGACAGAACCUUCCCAUCCGGUCGACGAUCCUGAUGACCCCUCAGACGGAGAUCCUGCGACACCGAAGCCUCCAAAAAAGAAGAAAAAGAAGUCCCCCAAAACGAAAACCAAGAAACCUAAGAAGAGCAAGGACAAAAAUCCAAAAAAGUCAAAGAAGCCAAAAAAGAAUCCAAAAGACGACACUGGAGAUGAUGGACCGGGCUUCGAUUGGACCCAAUAA